CUCUAUUUUGCAUUUUAAAAAGUUAUAUGAAUGGUAUCUUACAUUUGUGCAACAAACUAUCCCAAGAGUUUUGAAUAAAAUACAAGGAUUCUGCUUCAUAUGAGGGAGCUCUAAUCCUUUUUCAAUCAAAUGAGAUAAAAUUUUAUUUUGAUAGCUAUAUUCAUGGGCCAGUACUCUUGGUUUCUAUAAUAGAGUUGACAAUACUUUUAAAAUUUUGAGAUAUAAACUAUUUUGAAGAUGUUUACAUUUGCUUCUUUACUGACAUUUUUGCUCCUUUGAGCUUUAAGAAGAAUUUAACAUUUUUUGACAUGAUUUUGUCAAGAAAUUUACAUAGGAUUAAAUUUUUUUAAGAGCUGAAAGAUUACUUAGAGAUCAUAUAUCAUACUCCUUUCACUUUACAUAUGAGGAAACUGAGACCCAAAGAAAUUCAAUUAGGCAGACCAAGGUCAUGAAGGCAAGAGUAAAGUGCAAUUUGAAUCUAUGUGUUAAAACAAGAUUUAAAAAUAUUUUGACUUCUUGAAUGAAUCUGAUAUAUUCAUUUAAAAUAAUACAAUAAAACACCAUUAAUUUAGCCCCCAUAUCCCUUGUAGACAAUGGAAAAGUGUUUACUGAAUAAAUUAAUGGGAGAAUGUUUAACCUGCUUAGGAGUAAUUAAAUACUUUUGCUCUCAAACUUAGGUUAUGUUUGUUUUUGUGUACAAAUUUGUACUCUGCUAAUUAUAAAUCUUAACUAUUCUUUAUGUGGCAGCCUGUCUCCGUGGAUAGAAGGCUGGGCUUGGAGUCUGGAAGACCUGGAUUCAAGUCCUUACUCUGACACACAUUAGCUGUGUGACUUUGGAAUAGAUUCUUUAUACAAUUGCAUAUGUACGUGUGGAUGAACAAAUGCCAUUGGUGGUCCAGAGGAUUUUUGUCAAGGCUGGAUAAACCAUGUCUCGCAUUGACUGUAGAGAUCAACUUGAGCGAGUCUUCUUACGACUUGGUCAUGCUGAAACAGAUGAGCAGUUACAGAAUAUUAUCUCUAAAUUCCUUCCUCCUGUUUUGCUCAAACUGUCUAGCACACAGGAAGGAGUUCGCAAAAAAGUCAUGGAGCUAUUGGUCCACUUGAAUAAACGAAUAAAGAGCCGUCCAAAAAUACAGCUUCCAGUAGAGACUUUAUUGGUUCAGUACCAGGAUCCUGCUGCAGUUUCCUUUGUCACAAAUUUUACUAUAAUUUAUGUUAAGAUGGGCUAUCCUCGCUUACCAGUGGAAAAACAAUGUGAACUUGCCCCUACACUUCUUACUGCAAUGGAAGGGAAGCCUCAGCCUCAGCAGGAUAGCUUAAUGCAUCUUCUAAUACCAACCCUUUUUCACAUGAAAUACCCUGUUGAACCGUCUAAAGCAGCUUCUCCGUUUAAUCUUGCUGAGAAACCAAAGACUGUACAGCUUCUUUUGGACUUCAUGCUAGAUGUCCUCUUGAUGCCUUAUGGAUAUGUGUUGAAUGAAUCCCAGAGUAGGCAGAAUGUGCCUUCUGGACAGGGAUCCUCUUCCAGUGGUGCUGGAGGCUCCGGGAUUCCACAGCCACCUCCAGGAAUGAGUUUUUAUGCAGCAAAGAGAGUCAUUGGGGACAGUCCAUGGACACCUGAACAGUUAGAGCAGUGCAAACUGGGUAUAGUAAAAUUCAUAGAGGCUGAGCAGGUGCCUGAACUUGAAGCUGUUAUACACCUAGUGAUUGCCUCUAGUGAUACACGCCAUAGUGUCGCCACUGCAGCUGACUUAGAACUGAAGAGCAAGCAGAGCUUAAUUGACUGGAAUAACCCUGCAAUCAUUAACAAGAUGUAUAAAGUGUACCUUGGGGAUAUACCACUGAAAACAAAAGAGGGAGCUGUUCUGAAACCGGAACUGAAAAGAGAUCCUGUCAGCACACGUGUUAAGUUAAAGAUUGUUCCUCAUCUUCUGAGAUCUAAACAAGCUGCUGAAACCUUCCCAGCCAACAUUCAGGUGGUGUAUGAUGGACUGUUUGGAGCAAAUACAAAUGCAAAAUUAAGAACAUUAUCCUUACAAUUUGUCCAUCAUAUUUGUAUAAUAUGUCCAGAAAUCAAGAUUAAGCCAUUAGGUCCAAUGCUUUUAAAUGGCCUCACUAAACUAAUCAAUGAAUAUAAAGAGGAUCCUAAACUACUGUCAAUGGCAUAUUCAGCUGUUGGAAAGCUUUCCAGUCGAAUGCCUCAUUUAUUUACCAAGGACAUAGCUCUUGUACAGCAGUUUUUUGAAGCAUUGUGUAAGGAAGAGCCUGAUACUAGACUUGCCAUUCAAGAGGCUUUAUCUAUGAUGGUUGGAGCAUAUAGUACUUUGGAAGGAGCCCAGCGUACUCUGAUGGAGGCACUGGUGGCUUCAUACUUAAUAAAGCCUGAAGUCCAAGUUCGGCAGGUGGCUGUGAAAUUUGCCAGCACAGUGUUUCCCCCAGAUCACAUACCUUCCAGAUACUUACUUUUACUAGCUGCAGGAGACCCACGAGAAGAAGUCCAUGGAGAAGCACAGCGUGUACUAAGAACUCUUCCGGGUAAAAAUGAAAAAGAAAGUACUUCCAAACAAAUGCCUUCCUUCCCAGAAAUGGUACAUUAUAUUCAAGAGAAGGCUUCCCAUCGAAUGAAAACUCCAGCCAAAUACAUGACAGGAACUGCUGUUCUUCCUUUUAAUCCAGCUACAUUUGGAGAGAUAGUCCUAUAUUUGCGAAUGUGUCUUGCUCAUAGUGCAGGCGUGGUUCCCACCUCACAGAGCUUGGCAGAUAUGCAAGAUCAUGCUCCAGCAAUCGGUCGUUACAUACGAAACCUAAUGUCUGGCAACCACAUAACGUCGUCAUCUUCCUCCAAGAGUGGGGAAAACAAUCCUGUUCAGAUUUAUAUUGGCCUCCUUCAGCAGCUGUUAGCAGGUGUUGGAGGUUUACCUGUCAUGUAUUGUCUUUUGGAAGCUGUUUCUGUCUAUCCAGAAAAAUUGGCAACCAAAUUUGUAGACAAAACAGACUGGAUAAAGAGUCUAAUGAAUACUAAUAAGGAAGAAAUGCGGGAAUUGGUAGCAUUAUUUUAUUCAGUGGUGGUAUCUACAAUGUCAGGAAAUGAGUUGAAAUCAACUAUCCAGCACCUUAUGAAGACAACAAAGGACAAUCAUAGCCCAGAAAUACAGCAUGGAUCUUUGCUUGCUUUGGGAUUCACAGUGGGACGUUAUUUGGCUAAAAAGAAAACCAAAGUGGCAGACCUGCAAGACACAGAGACUAAUACUGCAUAUUUGCCAGAGCAAGAACAGCUUAUUCAGAGUACAACUGAAACAAUUGGUUCAUUUUUGGAUAGCACAUCUCCUCUCCUGGCAAUUGCUGCUUGUACAGCCCUGGGUGAAAUUGGUAGAAAUGGUCCUCUCCCUAUUCCCAAUGAAGGAUCUGGCUUUACCAAACUCCAUCUUGUAGAAAGUCUACUCAACAGAAUACCUUCUAGCAAAGAAACAAAUAAGAUGAAGGAACGAGCAAUCCAAACAUUGGGCUACUUUCCAGUUGGAGAUGGAGAUUUUCCUCACCAGAAGCUCAUUUUGCAAGGACUCAUGGAUUCUGUUGAGGCAAAGCAAAUAGAACUUCAGUUUACUGUUGGUGAAGCCAUUACCAGUGCUGCAAUUGGCACAAGUUCAGUGGCUGCUCGUGAUGCCUGGCUAGUCACUGAAGAAGAGUAUGCACCUCUUUCUGUAGAGGCCAAAGUGAAUGAUGUGGUUCCAUGGGUAUUGGACAUGAUUUUAAAUAAGCACAUUAUCAGCCCUGUUCCCCAUGUGAGGCAGGCUGCCUGCAUCUGGCUCCUUUCCCUAGUGAAGAAAUUGAGUACCCAUAAAGAAAUCAAGUCUCAUCUCAAGGAGAUUCAAAGUGCAUUUGUUUCAAUUCUGUCAGAUAAUGAUGAACUUAGCCAGGAUGUUGCUUCAAAAGGCCUUGGUUUGGUUUAUGAACUGGGCAGUGAACAAGAUCAGCAGGAACUGGUAUCCACCCUGGUAGAAACACUGAUGACAGGAAAAAGAACUAAGCAUGAAGUUUCUGGUGAGACUGUGGUAUUCCAGGGGGUAUCCCUUGGCAAAACACCAGAUGGCCAGGGACUCUCUACCUAUAAAGAGCUUUGUUCUCUGGCCAGUGAUCUUAGUCAACCAGAUCUUGUCUAUAAAUUCAUGAAUUUAGCCAACCAUCAUGCCAUGUGGAACUCUAGGAAGGGAGCUGCUUUUGGUUUUAAUGUGAUUGCUACUAAAGCAGGAGAACAGCUUGCUCCUUUCCUGCCUCAGUUGGUCCCUCGUCUUUAUCGCUAUCAGUUUGAUCCAAAUCUUGGCAUACGUCAAGCUAUGACAAGCAUUUGGAAUGCAUUGGUCACCGACAAGUCUGUGGUGGAUAAAUAUUUGAAAGAAAUUCUUCAAGAUCUAAUUAACAGCCUGACUAGCAAUAUGUGGAGAAUUCGAGAAUCCAGCUGUUUAGCUUUGAAUGACUUACUAAGAGGAAGAUCAUUAGAUGACAUCAUUGAUAAACUGCCAGAAAUAUGGGAGACACUCUUCAGAGUACAAGAUGAUAUUAAGGAAUCUGUACGAAAAGCAGCAGAACUAGCUUUGAAAACUUUAAGCAAGGUUUGUGUGAAAAUGUGUGACCCCUCCAAAGGAACAGCUGGCCAGAGGACCAUUGCUGUCCUUUUGCCCUGCCUUCUUGACAAAGGAAUGAUGAGCAGUGUGACUGAAGUUCGAGCCCUCAGCAUUAAUACCCUAGUGAAGAUCAGCAAAAGUGCUGGUGCCAUGUUGAAACCACAUGCCCCCAAACUCAUUCCAGCUUUGUUGGAAUCCUUAAGUGUACUGGAACCCCAGGUUCUUAAUUAUCUGAGCCUCCGGGCCACAGACCAGGAAAAGGCUGCAAUGGAUAGUGCUAGACUAAGUGCUGCUAAAUCCUCUCCCAUGAUGGAAACAAUCAACAUGUGCCUGCAAUAUCUAGAUGUGUCUGUCUUGGGUGAACUAGUUCCUAGAUUGUGUGAAUUGAUCAAAAGUGGAGUAGGUCUUGGUACUAAGGGAGGAUGUGCCAAUGUAAUUGUGUCAUUAACCACUCAGUGUCCUCAGGAUUUAACACCUUACUCUGGAAAACUCAUGAGUGCAUUGCUCAGUGGCUUGACAGACCGGAACAACGUGGUACAAAAGUCCUUUGCAUUUGCCAUGGGACAUUUAGUUCGAACUUCACGAGAUAGUAGCACCGAGAAACUGCUACAGAAACUCAAUAGCUGGUACAUGGAAAAAGAAGAACCGAUAUACAAGAGCUCAUGUGCUUUGACCAUUCAUGCCAUUGGGCGCUAUAGCCCUGAUGUGCUUAAGAGCCAUGCCAAGGAGGUGCUGCCACUGGCAUUCCUGGGCAUGCAUGAGGCAGCUGGUGAGGACAAAGGGGAAAAGGAUGAGGCUACUCUGUGGACUGAAGUGUGGCAGGAAAAUGUGCCAGGUUCCUUUGGUGGCAUCCGAUUGUACAUGCAGGAAUUGAUUGUUAUUACCCAGAAAGCUUUGCAGUCCCCAUCUUGGAAAAUGAAAGCCCAGGGUGCAACAGCUAUGGCAUCUAUUGCAAAACAAACAAGUUCCCUGGCACCCCCACAUCUGGGAAUGAUUAUGACGGCUUUAUUGCAGGGGUUGGCUGGUAGAACAUGGGCCGGAAAGGAAGAGCUCUUAAAAGCCAUUGCUUGUGUUGUAGUAGCCUGUAGUUCAGAGCUGGAAAAGUCAGUGCCCAAUCAACCCAGCAUAAAUGAGAUUGUUCAGGCUGUUCUGAAGGAGUGUCGCAAAGACAACAUCAAAUACAAAAUAGUAGCAGUUAGAUGCAUAGCUGAUAUACUCAAUGCCACUAAAGAAGAUAGAUUCCAAGAGCUGUCUGACAUUGUUAUUCCAAUGAUUAAAAAGAAUUCUCUUGAAAAUGUUGGUGCCCGGACAUCAAAAAAUGAAGACGAUGAUAAUGAGAAGGAAAAGGAGCUUCAAAUGGAAUCUCUGCUAUGUGCCUUUGAGAGCAUAGGCAAAGCUUGGCCUAGAAAUGUGGAGACUCAAUGUUGCCAUCGUCAGGAGUUGUGUAAGCUAAUGUGUGAGCGACUGAAACUCAGCACAUGGAAAGUACAGCUGGGCGUUCUGAGGUCAAUGAAUUCCUAUUUUCAGGGGUUAAUGCUUUUAGAAAAGGAGCAUGCAGAUUCUGAGGCUUUGACUGAAAUACUGCUUGAGACUUGUUCAUCAAUCACACAUUCUUUAGAAAAUAAAAGCUACACAUCUAUAAGAACAGAAGCUUUGUCUGUAUUAGAAUUACUGCUUCAAAAACUUGAAGAAUCUAAACAGUGGGAAAGUUUGACACCUGAAUGCAGAGCCCUCCUCAUUGAAUCUUUAACUACCAUGGAGACUGACAGCAGACCUGAGCUGCAGGAGAAAGCUUCAUCACUGAAGAAAACGCUUGAAAAUCUGGAGUAAAUUAAGGGAGACAAUUCUCCCUCCCUCCAAUAACCAAGUGCCAUGUAAAACAAAAAUUGAAAGAAAAAAUUCGGUGUUCUCAGAAAACCAAGUGGGGAAAGUAAAGGUUAAUCUGUAGCAUGCAUCAUUCCUUGGCCGAAAUAAAAAAAAAAUGCCUUAAAUUCUGUUCCCCAUUAGCUUUAUUUUACUGUGGUGUUUAAGCAACUUGGCUAAAUGCGGUCAAUGUUACCUCAGAUUUGAAAAGAAGUAGUUGAAGAAAUUUAUACUAAAUGCUGUUUGAAGGAUUUUUAAAUGGACUAAAGUGUGUAGGGUUAAAAAAAAAGGAUAUUCCUUUUAGGAUUAGUUAAGCAUGUAGGCAAAUUUGCUGUAGAAAGUUGUAAUUCUCAUGCAGCAAAAUGAAUUGUAAUGUUAAAGAAUUAUUGGAUGUAAAAAGGUUGAAGAUUGCCACAUCACUAGAAAAUGGGGAGGGAACUUGGUUGUGUGCCGUAUGUUGUUUGUGGGGAGAAAAUUUUUGGCGGCUUUCCAUUUUGAGUCACUAUUAAAGACUUGUAUUUAGAUGGGAGAAUUCAUUCUCCAUGCCAUCUGUCUCUUGUCAUCAUAUCAUUUUUCUCAGGCAUGUGAGGUUGAGUAAUAUUUCAUUACACCUGUAGGCAUUUGGUGGAAAACCAAGCUGCCUAGCUUUGAGAGUUUUUCUUUAUUUUACAUUUUAGCAACAACAUAAAAACAUUACUUAUCCCCUCCAGAGAAAGCUUGAAUUCAUAUGAAUUGAUUUCAAGAAUGAGCAGUGGGGAGGGAUCGCACUCAGUCAGAUGAGGAAUGUUUUGUUAUUAUGUAUCAAUACUUCUUAGAGUUUGGCCAUGGCAUUUGGUGGUUGCAGCAAGUACUCCUAUUCCUAUCUCCAUUAAUGAAACAAAUCACAAAAAAACUUUUUUCUAUGAAUAUUUUUCAAACCAUGAUUGAAUUUUAUAUGACAGUAAUGUAAAGUUCCAUUUUCAAAGUCCUCUAUGGCCCUGUUCUUGUUUAGGAAAAUGAUAAUCAUUUAGACUUAAAUGGGAGGUGUUUUGUUUUGUUUUGUGUUGUUUUUUGUUUCUCCUGUAAGCAAAGGGAAAGCUCAUAGAUUAUAGUGGGGAGGGAUUACAUUGACAGCCAAACUCCCACCUGGGGAAGAAAUCCUUCUUAUUGGCUUUAAUAUUCCAAAUAGACAGAAUACCCAAACCCGUCUUUAGUGAUUGACACCUCUUUGGUCUAUUCCUGAGUUGAAAAGGAAAGAUUUCUAAAAUGAAGACCUAAAUCAAGUGGGUACUUUAUAGCAGAAAGCAACAGCUUAGUGGAUGCUGAAAUGCUAACCUUUAUUUUCAGCCAGUGGUGUAGUUCUGAAUUUGAAGGUGACUGCCUUUUUCUUUUCUUUUUUUUUUUUAAGAUGCCUAGCUGCUUCCAUGUUAGAGCAUUCUAUAUCUGUGGCUUACCUCCGUGAGAGUGAGCAUCACAUGUUUUUUGGUACACUGUACCUUCACUUAGACUGUUUUUGGGACCUCUGUUUAUUCCUCUACCCUAUAGUAAGUGCCCUCUUUCCAUUAAAUGUGCUUUCAGUAUACUCUAGCUUACAUUGUUGCUGGGUCACUGUUUUCAGGGAAGAGAGAAAUGAGUGUAGGCCAGGUCCAGUGGAUAGAAUCUUCAGAGAAUAAGUGUGUUCAAGCCUAAACCAUGAGUCUCUUUGCACAUUUUAGGUGGAUGAGCAUCACCAAGUUUUAUACAUCACAAACUUAGUAUUUAACAAAGGGAGAUUAAAUUCCCUUGGUGCUGAGAGCUGGUGCUAAGACACUUGAACUGCUUAGUGAUAGCCUGCUGUUUGUUUACAUUUAUUUUGGCUUACUGAGCACACUUCUAAUUUUUACACCUAAUGCCUUCAUUUCCUGUAGUAGCCAAAUCAUUUGCACAACAUAACACUAAGUCUUGCCUCCCAGAAAUGAUGAAAAAUUUUCAUUCAGCUUCUUUGUGUGUGUAUGUACGGACAGAGUGUAUGUGGAAUUGGGUACGUGUGUAUGACUGUAUAUGUACCUAAAGGGAACAUUGUUAAGGAAAAAACUUGGUUUUGUUGUGAAAUAUUGACCAGGUCAACAAAAAUGGCAACAGAUGAUCCAUGAUAUGUAGCAGGGACUGGCUGGCACCUCCCUAGGAAUAUUCCAUGGUUCUGAUCUGACAACAUCUGAUCAAAUUGUCUUAAAAGACAAUUCCUUUUUGCUGUGAUAUUACAGUGCACUAAAGAAUCAUUUCUAUAAAUGUGAAAAGAAAAGACCUGCACCCCUUUCCAGAACAAUUGGGAACAGGGACAGUGAAAUAGUUUCAAGCUUUCUUUUUGAUGAUAAAAAGCAAUAUGAAAUUUUCUAACUGCCUUUUAAAUUAUUUUAUUUAGCCUAGUGUGUGUGCCUAUAUACACAAAGUCUAUCUGCACAACAAAACUGAGACUUUGACUUAAUCCCUAUUGACUUCCCUUCUCUUUCCUGUCUCAAACUUCAUUUGUGAGCUUGAUUAAAAAAAAAUGCGGCCUUGCUAGAGUCUUUCUUCUAAAAGUGGUCGCGCUAUGUAUAAACACUGUACUUUGCCCAAUGUGGGUUUUCCUUGUGCUACUGCUGCAAUGUGUCUGCUGCUUGUGAACCAGGAGUGAAAGGUGGAAUUUGAACACCAGCACUCAUUCUAAUGUGCAAGCUUUUGCUUAAAUUGAUGUAUAGUAAGAAGGGUUUUCUACAUGCAAGGUCUUCAUAGAUUCACUACAAUCUGUAUGUAGCUGUCUAAGCAUGUAAUGGAUUUAUUUGAAAGGAAAUCUAUCCCAAUACCAAGAAGGUAUAAAAUGGUAAAUAAAGCUGCAUGAUCAACUA